AAUGUCAUGGCAUGGGACCCCAUUGAUUUUGUUAUAAUGUUUGAGUCACACAGAUAGCAAAAGAACAAGGCAUAGGCUAUGGCAAAAUUUGUAUAAUUGCAGGAAAUUAUAUUUUCUGAAAAAACUGACAAUUCUCUGUCCCAUGGCAAAAUGUGUAGAAUUGCAGGAAAUUAGCUUUGAAACUGAAAUUUUUCUCUCAGCCCCAUGACAAAAUGAAUGUGUAGAAUUGCAGGAAACUAGCUUUAAAACUGUAAAAUGUUCUCUCUGCCCCAAGGCAAAAUGUGUAGAAAUGCAGGAAAUGUGCUUUAAAACAAAAUUUGUUUGUCUCUGUGGCCAAGCGGAGGGCCUCUAAUACCGGGCCUUUGCACUACACACCAGCCAGGGUCAAUAGAAGAAACCACCUUCACCAGCACGUGUCUAAAGCACAGGCCUACUGCUGACCCACAGUUCAUCUACUCAACCAGCUCUCAAGACAACGUCUACAUUAGAGGAACACUGUAACAUUGAAGGGAAUGGAAUAAGUUAUUCUGCAAUUUAUGUCACGUCGUUCGCGCCUGCUGCUCCCUCGCUCACGUGACUCAGCCAAUAGCUGUAGUGCUCUCUCAACUCUCACACACACACAUACAUACAUACCCCUCCGGCCCUCCCCACCACUCACUCACGGUAAUAGCCUGCCUCAGCAGCAGGUCUUUCUUCCGGGUUACGUCUAUGCUGAUUGGAUGAUAACAUGAGCUACAGUUUAUCCACCCCCUCAUGAUAAAAAUGUAGAGGCAACAAUGUAGCAAUAUUUAUAACAACUUGUCUCGGAUAUUUUAAUAACACAAACUCAUAGAAGAAGAAAAAAAACGCAUCUCAAUCAUUUGUGAUUUUAAGAGUGUCUUACAGUACUAGAAUAUAGUCAUUGAUUUAUACCGAAAGUGGGAGGAAAAAAAACGUUUUCACAUGGCGCGUGACGCACGCAAAGAGUUUUACGCAUGCGCCCUUGAUUGACUGGGGCUCAAUGGAGUCACUCAUGUUUUCUUAUAGCACAAUGGUCACGAAUUCUGAAGUGAAGCGGUCUGGAAAACCGGUCUCGAACCCCCGACUAAUUUCUACAUCAGCGGGUCUUGUGACAGAAACCGUCGCGGAGUCGCAUAUUGUCCAUUGUAGCCUUUCAGUGGUAUCGUAAUUGCUCCAGAUAUUGUUGAGUAAACAUUGCUACAUAUUACCCUGGCUCAAACUCCCCCUCUCUCCUUUACGCAACAGCUUGAAAGGUGUCUAAAGUCAUUUGUAUAAAGGCAGAAUAGUAGAAAACGUCCACCCGAAAUCCAACCCACAGCCAUUUCACAGAAAAAUGUCAGAAGUGAACAUCGGAAGACGCAAGGAGAAGUGUGAGAACUGCACUAAACAGUGCAACAAGAAGCAGAGUGAUGAAGGCAUUAGCUUCCUUCCAGAGAAAGAUGUAGCCAACAGAGAAGUCCCUGCCUCCUCCCAUCUACUCAAGCAGCAGGUGUUGCUGAGUGCCUGUCUGUCCUGUGAGGGCUGUGUGUCCGAGGAGGAGAGCCUAAAGAUCUCCCAACAGAACCUGGAGGAGAUGGCCCGCGUCCUGGGCCUCAACAAGAAGUGUGAUGUGUCCAAACACAAGGUCCUGGUGGUGUCGGUGUGUCCCCAGUCUCUGCCUUUCUUCGCUGUCAAGUUUGGUCUGGACAUUCCUGAGGCCACACGCAAACUUUGUGGCUUCCUCAAGAGCCUGGGAGUGCAGUAUGUGUUUGAUACUACUCUAGCUGCAGGGUUCAGUAUUCUGGAGAGCCAGAGAGACUUUGUCCAGAGGUACAGCAGGAGGCACCAUGAUAGCCACGCCCUACCCAUGUUCACCUCCUCCUGUCCAGGGUGGAUCCGGUACGCUGAGCGUGUUCUGGGCAGUCUGGUCACUCCUCACAUCUGUACGGCCAGGUCUCCUCAACAGAUCAUGGGCUGUCUGGUCAAAGACUAUUUCACCAAACAACAGAAGCUGAGCCCAGACAAGCUUUACCAUAUCGUGGUGGCUCCAUGCUUCGAUAAGAAACUGGAGGCGGUGCGAGGGGAGUUCUACAACAGUCUCCUGGAGAGCAGAGACGUGGACUGUGUCCUCACAUCAGGGGAGGUGUUCCACAUGAUGGAGCAGAUGAAGGUGUCAUUAGCAGAUCUGGACCCCGUCCCUCUAGACCACGUCCUGGGUGAGGCGGGGGACCCAGCCUUGGUGAGACACCAGGGCAGAGGAUCGGAGGGCUUCCUGGAACACAUCUUCAAAUACGCUGCAUCUGAACUGUUUGGUCUGGAUGUAGAGGAGAUCACAUACAAGACUCUCAGGAACCGUGACUUCCAGGAGGUGUGUCUGGAGCGGGAAGGGGAGGUGCUGCUGCAGUUUGCAUCCGUCUAUGGCUUCAGGAACAUCCAGACCCUGGUCCACCGCAUGAGGAAAGGACACGUCCCCUACCAAUUGGUGGAAGUGCUCUCCUGCCCAGGAGGUUGUAUGAGUGGUCGUGGGCAGGCGCAGGGAGAGACAGGAGGUCGGGUGGACAAGGCCUUGGUUCAGCAGAUGGAGGAGGCCUACAGCAGUCUACCAGUCAGGCUGCCUGACACCAACCCUGUCCUACACAUACUCUACCAGGACUGGCUGGAGGGACAGGACUCAACGCACACAAACACACUCCUACACACACAGUACACACAGCAGAGCCCCAGCCAGACAUGGACACACACACAGCCCCCGCACAUACAGUGGUGAGACACACACACACCUCUCGUACACACCCACACACACAGAAAACUCAAACACACCUCAACAUCCAAAAGCCCAAUAUGAGGGGUAUCAGGACCUUGGGGCAUCAUUUUACAUUACAUUUUAGUCAUUUAGCAGACGCUCUUAUCCAGAGCGACUUACAGUUAGUGAAUACAUAUUUUU